CGCGACGUGACGCGUCUCUUCCUGCCGAACUCACACUCACCUCACACACAAAAUGGACCAGGAAGCCAUGCGCAAAAUAGCCAACCAGCUCAAGAACGCUGGUCGAGGCGGGCCUGGCAGGGGCUUCUUUACUGGUUCCGGCGCACUUCUUGCUCUAGUUGCUGGUGGUGUCGCUCUGAACUCCAGUUUGUUCAACGUGGAUGGUGGACACCGGGCUAUCAAAUACACGCGACUACACGGUGUGAAGAACGAGGUGUAUCCGGAAGGGACCCAUAUAAAUAUUCCGUGGUUUGAAACCCCAUCAUCUUCGACAUAAGAGCGAAACCGCGAAACGUCGCUAGUUUGACUGGAACCAAAGAUCUUCAGAUGGUCAACAUCACCUGCCGUGUUCUGUCCCGACCAUCAGUGCGUGACCUGCCUCAAAUCUACCGCGACCUAGGGCAGGACUACGACGAGCGCGUGCUUCCCUCAAUCGUGAACGAGGUUCUGAAGAGUGUGGUCGCUCAAUUCAAUGCCAGUCAGCUGAUCACCCAGAGAGAAAACGUCUCUCGAUUGGUCCGUGAGCAGUUGACCGAGCGAGGAAUGCGUUUCCACAUCGUGCUUGACGACGUCUCCAUCACACACGUCGCAUUCUCUCCUGAAUUUACACAUGCUGUGGAAGCUAAGCAGGUUGCGCAACAAACUGCUCUCCGGGCUGCCUUCUUGGUUGAUCAGGCUGUACAAGAGAAACAGUCAAUCAUCGUCCGUGCGCAGGGAGAGGCGAAGAGUGCGGAGUUAAUCGGUGAUGCGAUGCGUGCCAACAAGGGUUUCCUUGAGCUACGACGACUGGAAGCGGCCAGAGAAAUCGCCACUGUUCUGUCGACGUCUGGAAAUAACGUCAUGUUGGACUCGGCCAGCCUGUUGUUGAAUGUGGCUGAAGCUAAAGAGAAAAGCAAGUAGUCGGUGAUACAAAAUCUGUGGUUCACAACCAAAAAGAAUUAAUCCCUUGACUGGAACGGAGCUUGGGCUGUCAAUGGAACGACCGAAACGCGAAAGGUGAGCUAGGGGCCAUUCAAAUUGCAAAAUGC